AUGCCUUUUGUAUAUCAGAUUGUCUACUGGGACGACAAAAGCAUUUUCAUGGAACACCGUUUCAUCAGUUGUUCUGAUCAGUUUAUUUUGGCAAUUGCCAUUUGCAGACAAAGGCUGAUAUCUUGUGAUGCUCGUGAUGCCAUAGGACGACUUUUGGAGAAUCCUUUGGCACCGGCUCCAAAAAUACCCAAUAAUGAAACUACCAAGCAGGGCAGUAUCACUGUCGAAAAAAGCGUCAACUUGAGCAGCACUGAUUUGGAAGCUGGCCUAGUUUCUUUAGAUAACAAAAGUUUGGCCCAAAGCAACGGAUCAAUCAUCAUCAAUGAAAAAUAUAAGCCGGCGAUGCCAUUGGAGGUUGCAAAAUGGAUAGAAUCGAACGAGAUUUCCAGCGCCAUCUUACGAAGUGGUUGCUGACAGUACGCUCCUCCAGGAUCGGAGGCUGUUGAAGCAGAUGGAGCUGCUGUUGGUCCGAGCACGCCACUGGUCAACCACCGAAAGUAAAGGGAUGAAGUAUGGAAGAUCUUCGAGGAAAAGAAUUAAGUAUAAUAAUUUUAUUUUUAGUUUAAGACUCUGGUCUACGAUUUAGUUUAUUGAUUAAGUCCAGUGUGGAAAAGUGUAUGGAAUUUGUAUCAUUUAUUUGAGGCAGGUUUGUGGUAUGAGAUGACAAUUAGGGUAUAUCUGUUUCCUUUCUUGUUUAUAGAUCACUUCAAAAUUCAUUAUCAAAAUUUUUUCUUGUCCAUUUAGACCUUCAUCUUUUUUCACCAAUUUAAUUGGCCUUUAAACAGGACAGUUUCUUUACAGUUUUCACUUUAGACAAAAAAGUUUUUUUCCAGUAUUUUUUUAGACAGUAGAGUUUCUUCCCAGUUUUCUUUAGACAGUAGAGUCUUUCUCCAGUUUCCUUCGGACAGCAGCCUUUCAAGUUUUCAUUAGACAUUAAAGUUGGAAACAUUUUGCAGUACUUCUUCAAUUUGCUGCCAUCUCACAUUUAAGUUCAAGAAUUUCUAGUCCUUUCUUUUCUCUUUUGAUGACGUCACAGAAAACAUUUUUCUCCAAAUAUGGAUUCAAUCCAAAUUUUUUAAUC